CUUUUCUUUCCUUCUUUCUCUCGUUCUUCUUACCAGCUGGACAGACAGUAGAGUGGUAUAUACACAACAAUGAGACGGACUACUGCUUUGGUGCUGUUGAGCACCAUUGCUCCCACUGGCACUGUCGCUGCUACUGAGAGUGUCCCCAGAGGAGUUGGGCCAGAAUUCGCAAAGUUCUACGCCAACAAGGAAACCUUCACCUGCAUCAGCAACCCCUCGAUCGUCCUCAAGUCCUCCCAAGUCAACGACAACUCCUGCGACUGCCCCGACGGCUCCGACGAGCCGGGAACCUCAGCAUGCUCACACCUGGACCCUCUCUCGCCCGAGCAGCCUCUGCCCGGUUCCGUGACGGGCACCACCAACACCACGCGCGCCCUGCCCGGCUUCUGGUGUGAGAACAAGGGCCACAUCGGCGCCUACAUCCCCUUCAUGUACGUCAACGACGGCGUGUGCGACCAUGAACUCUGUUGCGACGGUACCGACGAGGCCCUCCAUGUCGGCGGCACCAAGUGUGAGAACCGCUGCGCGUCUAUUGGGAAGGAGUACCGCCGCCUCCAGGAGGAGCGUCGGCAGAGCAAGGAGCGGUCGGCCAAGCAGAGACGGACUCUCGUCAAAGAAGCGAGCGAGCUGCGUCAGCGCGUGGAGAGCAAGGUUGCUAGUUUGAAGGAGGAGAUUGCCAACUUGGAGGUGCAGAAGGCGGAGUUGCAGAAAAAGUACGGUGAGGUUGAGCGGGCUGAGAGAGGCAAGGUGGUCAAGGCGCCGGGCGAGGGCGGUAAGCUGGGUGUUUUGGUUGGACUGGCCAAGAAGCGCGUUGAUGAGCUGAGGGAUACCCUUGAUAAGGUGCUGGAUCAGCGCGACGACUUGCAAGAUCGCGUCAAUCAGCUGGAGGACAUCUUGAGCAAGCUCAAGGAGGAGUAUAACCCCAACUUCAACGACGAGGGUGUCAAGGCUGCUAUUCAGGGCUACGAGAACUAUGCUGCCGGCAAGUCUACUGAGAAGAAGUCGGAGGUUGUUGAUGCCGAUGUUUUGGAGGUCCUCAAGGAGGAUGGCCCCGAUUCGGGCAUCAACUGGGCUGAGUUCCAGGAGGAAGAGAGCAGCGAUGCCGAUAUCGUCUAUAACCUAGAAGCCUACCUCCCGCCCUCCGUCCGCUCCUUCAUCCACUCCAAGAUCUCCUCUCUCAAAGUCUGGCUGAUUGAGAACGGCGUCCUUGCCGACAACCCAACCACCGGCGGCCCUACGGAAUCCAAGCUGGUCAAGGCCGCGCGCGACGCGCUCGAGGCCGCCCGCGCCGAGCAUACCACCAAGACGUCGCAGCUCGCCGACGAGGAGCGCGACCUGGCCAAGGACUACGGGCCCGACGACAUCUUCCGCGCACUCAAGGGCCAGUGCGUCAGCGCCGACGUGGGCGAGUACGAGUACGAGCUAUGCUGGUUCGAUCGCACGACCCAAAAGAGCAAGAAGGGCCAUGGCAACACCAACAUGGGUAACUUUGAGCGGAUCACUACCGAAAUUGCCGAUGAGGAGGAUCGCGUGGAUGGAAAGGGCCUGGGUAAGGGGCCGAGAAUGGUGUUGAGGUUUGAGAAUGGUCAAGGGUGCUGGAACGGGCCGCAAAGACGGACAGAUGUGUGGCUGGCGUGUGCUGAGAAGGAUGAGCUGUGGAGGGUUAGUGAGAGCGAGAAGUGUGUUUACAGGAUGGAGGUGGGCACGCCGGCUGCUUGUGGGGAUGUGGGAGAGCCGGGGGUUGGAACCAAGGGUCAUGAUGAGCUUUGAGGAGGAUACGGAGGGGGAGUUGGGUAACAGGAUCGUUGGCAAUGUUGUACGGUUGGUGAAAAUUUGGGUUAUUUGUUGUCUAUAUGUGUGUGUUGGUCUGUAUGUAGGUCGUUUUGGGUCAAGCAAGCCUGCGAGGUGCUUUAUGAAGAAUCAUACAAGAUCGAUUGGUAUCUUUAGACUGUGGCGAGAAACAAGAAAAUAGUAAAGGCUGAUCAGGGCUUACUACAAACAUCCUGUCAUCGAAGUCCAGCAGCUGCUAGUUUACGUCGCUUCAUGGCUUCAUCCUGGUCCGCUAAUACCCUAGCCGUGAGCGCAGCCGUCGCGGCGUUGUUGAUGCCACUCACCCGGCUAGAUAUACUCUCACCAGCACUCUUCUUGGCCUU